AUGCUCAGCACCCCGGCGCGGGACCAGGACCCCGAAGCGCAGCGCCCUGAGCCGCCCAGCCGCGCCUGCACCCCGCUGCUCCAGGCCGUGGGCUGGGUGGGCUGCGCUGCUCUGCUGCUGGGGGUCGGCUUCGUCCUUGGCUGGGCCGUGUACAGAAGAACCCCAGAUGUGCCACCCCAGGGUGCCACCAACCCUGGGGCCCCAGAGCCGCCGGCGGACCCCCGCGCCCACCUCCGCGACCCCCCACAGGGCUUGUUCGGAGGGCAGCUGGUGGCACAAGAGGGGGACUUGAGCCUUUCUCAGAAACCUCUGAACCCCGAUUCACAGGGGGUGCCUCAUCCAUCCCCAGGGACUCCCCAUCUCCUGGAAAUUCCUCCCCCUCUCUAUGAGCUCAGCUCAUCCCUUUCCAUCUUCUCCCAACUGAGACCGGGAGCCCUGAGCUGGCACAGCGACCCAGGGCUGGCAGGCGUGCUGAUGGCAUCGAGCCUACACUACCACGAGGCUACGCGGGAGCUAGAGGUUACCCAGGCCGGCCUCUACUACGUCUUUCUGAACCUGGCUCUGCGGCGCGUGGUGGUGGCAGCGAAGCGGGAGCCCGCGGGGUCCCUGUCGGCCUCGCUUCAUCUGUACCCCUCUGUGCCCGGGGGGACCGCAGCUCUCAGCCUCACCUUGGACCUGAAUCUCCCCCUGGACUCAACCUCCAGCUUCCGGGCCGCCUUGCUGCCCCUGAGUGCGGGUCAGCGCCUGAGCGUGCACUUGUACCCCUCUGUCGAAGUGGGUCUCACCUGGCAGCUGGCUCAGGGGGCCACACUCCUGGGUCUUUUCCGUGUGACCUCUGACCCCAAGGCUCUGGCAGAGGGACUGAACUUGACACCGCUCAUGUGA